UCGGUGGAGCAGCAGCAUCAGRCCAGCCCCGUUACUGACAGCCGCUCCUGUUCGCGCCCUCAUGGACGAACAGAUCAGCAUCAAAGGUCACUUCCUGCCCCCCCACUGUCCCGUCACAGUGUGCGCUCRAAUGCACAGYGACGAGGGAGACCUGUGGGAGUCCUUYGCUCAUUACAACACAAACGCAGGAGGCACUUUUAGCUUGAGCAGCGAUCAUUCAGUGGGAGGCUCUUAUUUGGGCUGUGAGCCGAUGGGACUCUUCUGGGGGAUGCAGCCAGCUCCAGGAGGAAGAGAAGGUUUGAGACUGAGGAAAAAGAACGUGGAGACUCCUUACGUGGUGCACGUCUCCUUACUGGAGGGUCACGUUUCCCCCUGUGAAGAUCGGACCACCGAGCUGGCUGCUCUGACUGCUGAACGGUGGUACCUCACACCAGGWGUGAAGAGAACAGAGAUUCGCCAAAAUGGAAUUGUAGGAACAUUAUUCAUACCUCCUGGCCCAGGCCCCUUUCCCGCCAUGUUGGAUCUGUGGGGAAUGGGUGGAGGACUGCAAGAGUACCGAUCCUCUCUGCUUGCAUCAAGAGGCUUCGCUAGUCUUUCUCUUGCCUACAUAGCACACCAAGAUUUACCUGGUCCACCUAAUCGUAUCAAUGUUGGCGAUUCAUACUUCAAGGAAGCGUUCCAGCUGCUUCAGGAUCACCAUCAGGUGGUUUCAGACAGAAUCGGGAUCAUCAGCCUCUGCAAUGGAGUAUACCUGGCCUUUCGAAUUGCUGUUGAACUUGGCCUUAAAGUCGGUCACAGACCUUCCUGUCUGGUUUUGCAGCUGCUUUGCAAAAUGAAUGAUAGAUCUAGAUAAAUAUUUAAUGAGCCAUGAAUGGAAUUUCUAAAACCUCGUUCUCUUCAUUUUGUUCUCCUCUGCAGCCUUCCUGUUUGGUUUGUAUUAAUGGUAAUGUUGGAGGCGGGGUGGCACACUCGAGUUCUGAGAAUUUUGUCCAUGAUCAAUUUAA